GUUGGCUCCUCUGCCUAUAUAAGUUUGAACACUUCUGUUUCCUACAGGCAUUUUCUUGGUCUUUAGCUGCUGUCCUAUAACCAGCCAUGAUCACCCAGACUGUUGUUCUCAGUGCAUUCCUCUGCUCUGUCCACAGUUUUACUAUCCAGGAUUCUCUUGAAAAGAGUGAUCAAUACUCUGGCAACACCAUUGAGGAUGAUGACUUCAGUAUCUCCACACUGUUGGAGAGAGCCAAUGCUAAUGUUGGGAAAAAUUUUGAUGAGCCUCUGGUGAUUGGAGACAUAGCAGUGCCCACAGGAUUUCAGAACGCUGAUCCCUGCACAGAACGAGGCUGCCUGUGGCCUAAAUCCCCUGAUGGCAAUGUCUAUGUACCGUACCGCAUCUCCAGACAGUUCUCCCAAAGAGAGAGAGAAGUCAUCAUCCAAGGUUUGCGGUCAUUUGCCCAGUCCACCUGCAUCCGCUUCACUCCCUUAAACAGACAGAGGGACUUUGUGAACAUUCAGUCCCGCUCAGGGUGUUACUCAUUUGUGGGGCGUCGAGGUAAUGGCCAGAUAGUAUCUUUGAAUCGCCGGGGCUGUGUCUUCCAUUCAAUUGUCCAGCAUGAGCUGCUCCAUGCCCUGGGCUUCAACCAUGAACAGACUCGAUCUGACAGAGAUAACCAUGUUCGCAUCCUGCUGCAGAACGUCAUUCCCGGAAUGGAGCAUAAUUUCAGGAAGAUCCAAACAAGGAACCUUGGCACUCCCUAUGACUACAGCUCUGUCAUGCACUAUGGAAGGUUUGCCUUCUCAAAGAACAGGGAGCCAACCAUCCUUCCCAUCCCCGACAACGAUGUAGUCAUUGGCAGGGCCACCCAGAUGAGUCCUACUGACAUCCUCCGGAUCAACCGCCUCUACCGAUGCAAUUCAACUGCGCCUGCACUGCAGAUUCAACUACUUCCUGAGCCAGAACCUGUGCAAAGAAACCAUUUCCUUUAGAAAUGAAAGAAAUCAAGAGGAAAGAAUGAAGAUUGAUGCAACUUUUGAUUUACAAGCAAAACCAGAAAUGAAUCUUGUGACUGAUGAAAAUCUGAAUUUGAUCUAAUUAGCUGUUGCUCUGUCCUAAUGAGAAAAUAAAAUUAGCAGCUCUGCAGUAAUAUCAUCAUAGUUUUACACUUGUGUAUACAACAGAUUGUUAGCUUGAUGCAAUACUAAAAAUGAAUAAAAACUAAAAAGGA